UCCCAACAGAGGUCAUCUCAUCAACCAUUGUGCAUUGGUCUGCUAUUACAGCCAAUGUCUGUAGUCUGUUCUUUUAGCCAAUAAUGACAUUACUCAUUGAGAGAUGAUCAUUCCUGAGGCACUUGCUCAUUUUCAAAAUACUCGUGCCCUUACACGUGUCCACGAGUGCCCUUGAGAUGACCAUCGUAAUAAAACACGUGUGAGUUGUUUGGCGCGAAUUUUUCCCUACUGUAAAAGGAUGACGUAAGAAUAUCCACCUUGAGACACGUGCAUUAAUGAGCAUUACGUGCGGUAGUGUCCAGUUUGCACAACCACAAUUUGCUGGCUACAACUCGUGUCAUUCGAAAUAUGCACGUGUCUUCAUCGUACACGUUUUUACAUAUAAGAAGGAUUGCUCUUGGUCAAACUCUAUCAUUCGCUGAGCAGAUUUCGAAGAAGAAAAAACAUCAGCUGAGAAGAAGUCUUAGAAUAAUAUAAGAUGGUUUUUUUUACUGCUUUACCUAGUAAUAACCCUGAGGAUGACGUUGACGAUAUGCUCCUGUACGCAGACGACGUCACUGCUGAAGGCAAUGAUGCUGUCACUGAUUUAACUACAAACACGACAUUAGAACGUUCUGUUAUCUUAAUCGAUACAGACUCUGAAAAACCGGCAAACUUGACUAAUGAAACACAAAUUAUCUCGUCACUUGUCCUGGCCUGGCACUUGUCACAAAUUCUAUUUUCUCUGCAGAUGGGUUUUUUUACUGCUUUACCUGGUAAUAACCCUGAGGAUGACCAUGACGAUAUGCUCCUGUACGCAGACGACGUCACUGCUGAAGGCAAUGAUGCUGUCACUGAUUUAAUUACAAACAAGACAUUAGAACGUUCUGUUAUCUUAAUCGAUACAGACUCUGAUGAAAACCCGGCAAACUUGACUAAUGAAACACAAAUUAUCUCGUCCCCUAGCAUCCUCUCUGACGAUAGCUCCAGGGCAGGUGAACGGAGCAACAAAAGGAUGUACAGAUGCACGAAAUGUGGAAAAAGCAAGAAGGGCCAUGUCUGCUCGAAGGAUUCGUGUACAAGCUCAGAAGAUCCUGACUGGGUUGCCUCGAGAAGAAUCGAUGGAUCAUCGAUACGAACUUCGCCGAGACUGUUGGCGCGGAAGAGGACAGUUUCCACAAUUGUAACUGAAACCGAGGAAAAGGAACUCCAAACCAUACCAAAGAAAGCUAGGAAGGUUUACGAGUGCCGUAACUGUCAUGUAAAAUUAAAGGGGCACAAGUGCCCACACAAGCUCAUCAUCAACCGACAAAUACGGCAACUGUCUGUGAUACUUGACCGCGUUGACCAAGAAUAAUGCUGAGUUAGCUCAGUUGGCCAAGUCACAGUUCACCCAGUCAUUUUACAUUACGGUCAUCGUUUUAUCUUAUGUUUUUACAACGCAAUGCGUUGUAUUACUUUUACGUCAUUUAAUCGUAAUAUUUUACUAUUCCGUGCAAAUCGUAUUUUCGUUUGUUUAUAUUAAUUUGUAUAUAGUAACAACCAAUGUAAUUUUUGGUAUAUCAACGUGCAUGAUGCCGGUACUUCAUUUAUUAUACCAAUUUAAAUAUG